AUGGUAGAAUUGAAUGAUAUUGCUUUCAUUAUUGCAGUAUUCAUCAGUGGCCUCUUCGUCCUCGAAUUUGGCGCCGACAAGUUUAUUGACAAUACCGCCAUCAUAGCAGCUCGAUUGAAUGUCUCACCCACAUUGAUUGCGUUGCUGACAUCUGUAGCAUUGGAAAAAGUGACAAGAGUUACCAUCUUGGUUAUUGCAGCCAUUUCUCAGCAUCAAUCUUCACUCGCAAUUGGCAAUAUCGUUGAAUCAUCCAUCUCGACUAUUCGAGGUGCUUUUCCCCUAGGUCUGAUUUUUCUCCGGCUUCUAUUACGUUUGAUAAGAGCUCAAAGAUCUAUACCAUCAUUCUUGUCAUUGCCACUUCUAUUUUCUCCGCAUUUCCCUUUCUCUUCGAAUCAAGGGGGCGGAAUGGUGGGAGCGACGCUUAUCGCUGAUUUUGUGAUAAAUGGCAUCUCUAUAAUAGAUGCGAUAUAUAAAGGCAUUAUCUCUGCACCAGAGGAUGAUUCAGAUGGUGGCAGUGAUACUUCUUUAGAUGAGAAGGGCUUUGAUGAGAGCGUGUUUGUAAAGUUUCGUUUUCCUAUGCGUCCAGGUAGCACUAGACUGCAAGCCAAGCCACAGACUCUCGAUGAAUAUGAAAAUCUUGCGCCCCGAGAGUCUGUGGAAGAACAUAACAAAGAAAUUGGACAAAAGAAUACUAGUAUUACGUCAUUAACAACCUCGCUUUCUCUCUCUACUACGGUUAUUGGAACUAUUACUCUUUCCAUUGCGACGACACUUUCUGAAAACCUUGCCGUUGUUCUAUCUGGAGAGAAAAGGCAAGGAGGAAUCAUUCUAGAGAACAAGGUUGGCUCGAAUAUCUUUCUAUUGACAUUAUGCGCGAGCAUUUGUUUCUCACCGAGAGUAGAUUAUGAACGGGCUGGGUAUUAG